AUGUCACACUCCAUUUUCAGCUCCGCACUCGGCCGAGCAAUUCUCCGCCGGCCCCCCAGCGCCCCGCUACUCGUGCGCCUCACGUCCACAUUCGCCCGCCACGGCCAGGGCCCGCGGGAAUCGAUAUCUAGGACUAGGACUGCUGCACACGGCACUGCUAUUACUGCAAUUGAUGCCCUGAUAGACACCACAGCUAUUACUGCUGCUUCUGCAAUUGAUACCCUGAUAGACACCACUGCUACUACUACAUCUACAACCAACUAUAAUACAAACACCCCUCCCACCACCGCCGAGCACCAAUGCCUCCCCCGCCGCCGAAAACCCCCCUCCACACCCACCCCAGAGACCUACCACCACCACCGCCCUAAAACGCUCCUCGCACUCCUCCACCUCCUCGACCGCGCCCACGACAUCCCCGCCCGCCACCGCCCCGGCAAAGUGGACCUAUCCUUCCACGACCCGCUCUCCCGGGUGCGUGUCCGUCGGCGCACACCACGGCAGCAGCAGCGCAAGGGCCGCGUGUCGCUGAAGAGCAUCACGUAUGAGUACUUGUACCACUUCCACCUGCUCCCUCCGGGGGGCGAGGGGGUGGAGGCGGAGAAGGCGGAGAAGGUGUUCAGUGGGCGGGUAUUGGGGUAUCUGGCCGAGCGUGGGUAUACGGCGGAAGACGUGGUGGUGUGGGCGUGGAUACUGCUGGCGGGGGAUGUGAGGCGGGCUGUGGUGCGGCUCGAUGUGUGGGCGCGACUCGACGACAACAACGACAGCAGAGAACAGACCUUGAAGGGCGCAAUCAGGGCUAUUAUCGACUGCGCCUCCUUCAACCCCUUGGACACGGAUCAAGCACAGGGCAUCACUCGGCGCUCGCUCCGCAUCCCGCCGUUCAUAAUCCUCCACAACCUCCGCCGCCCACACGGCCACAUCAGCGCGCACACACUCCGCCAGCUGCUCCCGCACGUGCAGCUGUCGCUGCUCCCGCACUCGGGCGACACCAAGACGCCGCUGCUCCUGCUGAUCCGGCUGCUCCGUCACGCGCGCAGCUCGUGGCCGCCGGCCAUCCCGCACGUCGCUGAACUCAUGGCCAACCUACACUCCUCCGCCGACCGGGCGCCGAAACGCUCCGCCCGCCUCACAGGCACGUACAACCGCCUCCUGGCACUCCUCUCCCUCCCCACGCACGACCGCCCCUUCCAGUGCAUGCCCCUCCUGCAGCAGUCGCAGUUCACGCUCCUGCGCAAGAUGGCCAGUCUCGACAUCCCCAUCACGCGCGAAGGCUACCGCUCCCUCAUCGCCGUGCAGCUCUCGCACCCCAAGACCCCCCCCGAGGCGCAACACGUCAACUCCCUCUCCACAACCUGGCCCCCCUACCCCGUCCCCAAAGACGGCCACCGCCACUCGCCCGGCCACCCCUCCUCCCCGCCACACCUCUCCCGCGCAGCAACAGUCCUGCAACAGAUGACCGCCGCCGGGUACCACAACCUCGGCUGGGAGAAGGAGGCCCUCGUCCUCGCCGGCACCGACACCGACGCCACACCCACCAUCCAAACACGCACAUUCCACCUCGCCGGGCGGGCCAGCGCCCGCCCGGAGCCGCGGAAUAUAUGGGCCGUCCGCGUCCGCGCCACGCGCACGCUCGAUGAGGCGUGGUGCGUGUUCCUCGACUGCCUGGACGCGGUGGGUGUCCCCCCGCCGCCGGCGUGGGAGGAGCUGUUCUACAAGGUGUGCGCGGCGCGCAAGGUUGCGCGGCAGCGCGAGGGGCACCAGCGGCGGCUGCAGGAGAUACAGGCGGGGCAUGACGCGUCGCGGGCGGAGCCGACGGCGGCGACGCUGCGGGCUGUGGAGCGGUGGGGGGUGGUGGAGCGGGAGAUGGGGGAGCGGGCGGUGCGGGUGUUGCCUGGUGAUGCGAGGGAGGUGGCGGGGUUGGAGGGGAGGGCGGGGGUGGGGAGAGGGUGUAUGUGCCGGUGA